ACUAAUUUUUUUUUAUAGAGAUUAGAAGCUUGACUAGAGCUCCUGGUUUGACAUGUAUCAUAAAUUCUUUUGAUUUCACUCCCAAUUUCACCUAUCUUUAUACUGAUGUAAACUGAAAUCCCACAAAUUCAUCUCCCCCCAAAAAAACCAGGAUUUGAAGAGGAUAUCUCGUGAAUUAGGGUUUUCCUCUGAAGUUAAUUGGAGUCCACAAAUGGCGGCAAUUUAUAAUUUUUACAUCAUCAACAAAUCUGGAGGUCUCAUAUAUUAUAAGGAUUAUGGAUCGGCUGGUAGAAUGGAUACGAAUGAUACAUUGAGAUUAGCGAGUUUAUGGCACUCAAUGCACGCCAUUUCCCAGCAAUUAUCUCCUGUUUCGGGCUGUUUCGGUAUCGAACUCCUCGAAGCCGAUACCUUUGAUCUCCAUUGCUUUCAAUCUCUUACUGGAACAAAAUUUUUUGUUGUAUGUGAGCCCGGAACACAACAUAUGGAGUAUCUCUUGAAACAUAUUUAUGAGCUGUAUACAGAUUAUGUGUUGAAGAACCCGUUCUAUGAAAUGGAGAUGCCCAUACGUUGUGAGCUCUUCGACAUCAACCUUGCUCAAGCAGUGCAGAAGGAUCGUGUUGCUUUGCUAGGGCGAUGAUUGACCUGAAAUGCUUGAGAAGGGACUUCCAUGUUUGUAAAUUUCUCUUUGUGAACUUUCUUCUCAUCAUAUUGAUUUCAUGAGGCUUACAGUUUGUUGCACCUAAUGUGUUGUGUCAUAUCGAUGAUGAUGAUUAGUCGUACUUGUAAGAAUAUACAUUGGAUUGAGGACGGCAGAUACAUGCGAUAUCUGCUACAAGCUGAGAUGGAUCCCGGAAAUAAAAUUUUGAUAAUUGAUCUUGAUGGA